ACUACAGGUGGAUUCAGGAGAUGCUGGAAUCGAUUCUCAGAUCACUUCUGUACUGUCCAUGUUCAAGCCCUCAGGUCCCGUUGAUGUGGAUUCACAGGCAUUUGCAAAUGAACAUUCUGAUACGUACCACGUAUACAGCUCAAUCCCCCGACAGACCAGCAUCCUCAGCCCAGCCGGAUGGGUUGUACAGUCUUCUGCAGACACACUGAAACUUCACCUCUGGCUUUCUGUAUCUGUCUCACACAUCUCACACAAAUACAUUCUUUCUCACACGACAUCCUUGGUUUAUCACACAUCCAGUUACUGUAAAUAAGUUGAUUAACUGGUUUCUGUUACAUGUCUAUCCAUAAUAUCAGUUACUUUUUAAAUAUUUUUUAUUUGGAGGGGUCCGGUGCAUAUUCCCCUUUGAGCAUUUGACUUAUUUCUUCCCCCUAGUAAAUGUUAAAUCUACUGUAAUUAUGUACAUUAUGUUGACUGUGAGAUACCUCCUUCCAUAGCGGUUGGAUAGAAUUAAUUUCCUAUUGGGCAAAACAUAAUCUAAAGCACAACCAAAACAAACUGCAAAUGCAUCCAACAAGUUUGUUGAGUCACAAGCUUGAUGUAUUUAUUGGGUGCAAAGAAUAUAGGACCAAAAUAGAAAAAUGUUUGACUACCUUAAUACACCAUAAAUGAGUUUGUCCAAAUAUUUAACACCCCAUUUGCAACCUUCCGGUUACUAGUCCAACACUCUAACCACUAGGCUACCCUGCCAAAUGUGGGGUCUAUAUAGAUAAAGUGCUUUUAUAUCUAAAUGAUAAAACAUACAAUGCCUUCAGAAGGUCUUCACACCCCUUGACGUUUUCCACAUUUUGUUGUGUUACAGCCUGAAUCUAAAAUGUAUGAAAUUGAGAUUUUUUUGUCACUGACCUACACACAAUACCCCAUAUCGGGGUGGCAGGUAAUCCAAUGGUUAGAGCGUUGGACUAGUAAUCGAAAGGUUGCAAGAUGGAAUUCCCGAGCUGACAAGGUAAAAAUCGGUUGUUCUGCCCCUGAACAAGGCAGUUAACCCACUGUUCCUAGACAGUCGUUGAAAAUAAGAAUUUGUUCUUAACUGACUUGCCUAGUUAAAUAAAGUUAAAAUUAAAAUAAAUGUAAAAGUGGAAUUACGAAAAAAACAAAAAACAAGUGUGAAUGAGUAUUCAACACCUUUGUUAUGGAAAUCCAAAAUAAGUUCAGAAGUAAAAUUCUGCUUAACAAGGUGCAUAAUAUGUUGCAUGGACUCACUCUGUGUGCAAUAAUAGUGUUUAACAUGAUUUUUUAAUAACCUCAUCUCUGUACCCCACACAUACAAUUAUCUGUAAAGUCAUAUGCAGGUAACUGCCAAAAAUUUAAAAAACGCCAACAAAGUGUGUUAAAAAGGGUGUUUGGCCUCCACCAGCUGCAAGAACAGCUUCAAUGCGCAUAAAUUCUAGAAAUCGAUCUAAACCAUAACAGGAAAACGCACCCCACACACACUAUAAACUUUGUCCCAAAUGUAUUCAAAUGUUUCCUUUAUUUUGGUAGUUACAUGUUGCCUACAGUCUGGAAGGCUGCAAUUUGGGCAGCAUGCAUGCCAAAUGUACAGCUUGUUGUGUUGUGGCCAUAGACAUAUUACAUCGAUUUUGGGAUCCUCUUAUCCUGGCAAUUUGAGUGGAAACUCAUGGGUACACUAGCAAUGGCUGCCAGUCCUGAUUUGAACUGGAACUGCCUUCCAUGGAUGAUAUGUAGUUGGUUGCUGAAAAUAGAAGACUGUCUCUAGAACCAAUAUACUUCUCAACUCCCAAAAUGUAGUGACCAGCAGCACUGUUUUUCAAAGUAGCUGAUCUUGAGAUAGGCUAUUGCCAAGAGGAGCGCAUUGGCCAUCACCGUGAGUAGUAGCAUAUGGUGGCUUCAUCAUUACGUGAGUCAGAGUGCCACUGGAAAUUGUAUUUAAUUGCCCAAUGUAGUAAUAUAUAAAUAAAAAACACUAUUCAAACAGGAAUGCUGCUUUAACAUACUCAAUUACAAUUUUUGGGAAGGAAAACCAUUUCACUCAUGUUGUAAAUUAUAGGUCAUAUUUCAUAGAAAUCUGGAAACACUGGGCAUGUACUUUAAUAAGAUUUAGACAUGCAUGGGUCACUUACCCGAAACCUCCCCUGUGCGCCGUUUGCAAUCGAGUUGAUGCCCUCACCAAUACCCCGCCCUCGAUUCCUAUUUUCACGGUCUUGCGUGUCAUGUACUUCAACCUCAUCAGGUCCACAGAUGGAUAUUUCUCUGUUUUGUAGCCGCGAAUGGCCGGCGAUGAGACGAUUCGAGUUCAACUCCUUCAGCGCUUCUUUAACCAACACCAUCGUGGGUGGAUGAAGAGGAGUUUUUCGUGCCACAGCAGGCGCUUUACUGGAUUCUAACAAUGAAAUUGACAAAUGUAUCAACCGUAAUCUGACCAAAGCUGCUGCUUUUUUAGGUGGUAUGAUCAAACGGUUAAUAUCAAAGUUAGGCUAUAUAAAAACGUUCAUUUAAAAACAGCAAUUGCAUUCUCAGCCUACACACGUUCAAUGUUAUGCACUUCAAGCAAAGCACGCGGUUUAUCUGAACUGGCGCUGAAAUGUAGGUACCAGUCAGAGCAUUAAAGGUAAACUGAUCAGUCCGAGUAGUGUGAACUCGCUUUUUUUUCUCUCCUCCGUUCCUUCCUUUCAUCCUUUCCUUUCCUUUACUGCGUUUAUCAGUUUACCGUCACUGCUCUGGCAUAUUAUUAAACGUGACUCACCAAACAAAUGAAAUAUGAAAACCCUUGCAGGGUUUUUGUAGUUAAACAUUGUGCAGCUGUUAAAAACUUUAAACAAAAAGUCGAAGAUAAAUAUUUUUCUCCGAAAGACAAGUUAGUUUGUUGGUUUUGAAAUGGAAUUGCCUGCAAUAGUGAUACAAAAUACAAUUGGUUGAAGACAGGUAGCUUUAGAACCUAAAAAUAAUUACCGAUAAAUUAUUCUGAGUGUUCAGCCUCCUUGUCCUCUGCAACAUGACAUUAGCCCACAGUUGCCAUAUGAGACGUCUGUGGUUUUCCUGUGUAUGAGACGUCUGUGGUUUUCCUCUGAACAAGCUCCACAUCUGCUUUUCUAUUGAAACAUUUCAUCUUUGUCCCAGUCACUGACACCAUCUUCUGUGAAGUCAGACUAACAGUAUGUAUGUAGCUGUCUAAAAAAUGACAUUAUUCAUCCCUUAUAUGGCUGGUCGUCUGUUUUUACUCAUCCUCCUUUUCGAUACCUUCCAGUACCUCAAAGCCAAAGAUCCUCCUCAGCCCAGUCUAACAGUGAUUCCUGCAGUCAUCAAAGAGAGAGACUCAGUUCAGCUGAACUGUCAGACUCCUCCAUCUGUCUCUGAGUGUUACUUCAAAAUGACUGGGCAAGUGGAACUCACCCUUCCAUCACCCUGUCAACAGACACUCACAGGAACACUACUGGUGAGGUGGACAGGUCAGAGUUCACCAGCUGAGGUCAAAAUACAAUGUCAGUACAAUGCUAAAGGUUCACAGUUUAGAUCCAUAUACAGUGAACCUUCAACAGUCACAAUUCAGGACCUUCCCCAGCUGACAGUGAGUUCUACAGUCAUCAGAGAGACAGAAUCAGUUCAGCUGAGUUGUGAGACUCCUCCAUCUCUCCAUGUGUCUCACUGUUACUUCUACAUAGAGGGGAGGAAGAAUCUUCCAGACUCAUCCUGUACUCAGACACUCACAGGAACAGAGCUGCUCAAGAGGGCAGAUCAAACGUUUCCAGAUGUGGUCAAAGUGACGUGUUACUAUCCUGUAGGGAGGUCUCACACAUCUCCUUUAAGUAACCCUGUCUCAGUCACUGUUCAGGAUCCACCUCCUCCCAGGCUGACGGUCAGUUAUACAGUCAUCAGAGAGAGAGACUCAGUUCAGCUGAGCUGUCAGACUCCUCCAUCUGUCUCUGUGUCUCAGUGUUACUUCUACACAGAGGGGAGAGAUCCUAAACCCUCACCCUGUACGCAAUCACUCACCGGGACUGAGCUGCUCUCGUGGGCAGGUCAAAGUUCAUCAGCUGAGAUCAAACUGAGAUGUUUUUACACUGUAGAAUCUCACUAUCCAUCGAUGCACAGUAGUUCAGUCUCUGUUACUAUUCUUGAUCCAAAACCAGACAUUACAGUCAAUAUUGAUGAGGACUUCAACAUCAUCUGUUUGAUUCCUGGAUCUGUCAGUCCUGACACCACCUGUAACCUGUAUGUUGGAGAGGAGAGUCAGCCAUCCUUCACAGCAAAGAUCAUGAAGAGAAAAGCCACCUCAGCAUCCAGACAGCAGUUCUGUCAAUUCACUCCAAAACAUAGUGAUCUGAUCAGUCGCCUACAGUCAGUGAGGCGUAAGGAGGUGACCUGUGACUACAGAUUGAGCUCAGGACCAAACUCUCUCUCUCCACGCAGUGAUGGGCACAGCUUUGCACAUCUGGUGGGAGUUCACAUCAGCGAUCCAACAACUAUACAGACACGUUCUAUAGCAGUGAGUUUGACUCCAGGUCCUAGAUCUACUUUGCCUCCCAGCACGACAGUGAGUCCUACAGAAGUUUCAACUGUUACUUCUACUUUGACCCCAGACACCACAGCGAGACCAUUUACCAGUUUGACCUCUCCUUUGACCCCCAGCACAGCUGUGAAUCCUACAUCAGGAGGUCAAACCUCCACAGAAAGCGUUCUGGUUUCGACUGUUACUUCUACUUUGACCCCUGACAUCACAGUGAGACCAACUAGUUUGACCUCUCCUUUGGCCCCCUGCACAGCAGUGAAUCCUACAUCAGAUUUGACUGUUAGUCCUACUUUGACAACUGAUACACCAAAGAGUCCAACUGAAAGAGGUCAAAGCUCCACAGACAGCAUUGUGAAUUCAUACAGUCAAAAAAGAGUUUGGGCGGUGCAACUAUGGCAGACAACAGUGUGUAUGGCUUCUGGAGUGGGCGUGUUCUGGAUGGGAUUGACAGUUGUCUAUCUCUGCAGGAGGACAAAGAAAACCAAUUCUCUGAGAUCUACAGCCAGACAGGAUGAUCACAGACAAUGUGAUUUGGUGAUGGGAGCUAUGAGCAGUGCAGGCAUGUUGGAUUCAAGGGAUGCUGGGAUCUAUUCUCUCAUCACCUCUGUACCGUCCACGUUUUGCACUCAGGUCCUGUGCAGCAAUCUGCAAAUGAAGAUGCUGAUUCAGAGAAUGCAGGGGUCUACAGCCUGAUCACUUCUGUACCAUCCACAUCUGUACCAUUAGGUCCUUUUGAAGAAAAUGGAAAGUCAUCUGAAAACGACAAAUCUGAUAUGUACCAUGUAUACAGCUCAAUCCCCGACAGACCAGCAACCUCAGCCCAGCCGGAUGGGUUUUACAGUCUUCUACAGACACACUGAAACUACACCACUGGCUCUCUGUUUGUCUCACAGAAAAGUGGUUUCUUUCAGGGUGUCCUUUAUUUAUCACACAUCAUGUUACUUUAAAUAAGUAGCUAAAACAUCUACUACAGUGCCGUUUCUGUUUAUAAGCGACAUACAGUAAGUAGCCGCUAGAGCCCCCUCCCCCCUCCAAAAACAACCGUAGGAUAGUAGAAUACACAACGUGCAGUUUCGAAAUGUGGUUCUACAUCAGAAGUUUUUCUCUUGUUAUGUCAGUCACUGACAGUCACUCAAUAAAUCCCAUGACAGCUAAGAUUUUGUAGAUUGCUAGGCCCAGUUAGUCUCGCCAGCUAUCUAAGCCUUGUGGUAAUGGCCGAAUUACUGCCCAGGGGCCCUGACCUCCAGGGGGCCCCCAAUAAUUUUGUUAGUCACUCUCACUCAGAUAUCAAAUUAACAUGGCAUAAGUCAUGGCAAAUGUUUAGAAUUGCAGUAAAUUAGCUUUAAAACCGAAUGUUAUUAUUUCAACGACAAUGGCAUACUGUGUUGAAUUGCAGGACAUUAAGUUCUCUCCGCCCCAUGGCAAAAUGAGUAGAAUUGCAGGACAUUAACUUUAAAGCUCCAAAUGUUUCUCUUCGCCGCCAUGAGCGGGGCCACUAAAAUGUUUUAUCGGUGAGGUGGGCAAAUCUCGCUUAGGGCCCUCAAAAUGCUUGGAACUGCCGUAAUUUACUGUAUCACACAUGGAAACCUGGAUUGUGUUACAUGCCUAUCCAUAAUAUCUGUUAAUAUGUUAGUAUUUUUAUUUGGGGAUUUUGGAGGUGUCCGGGGCAUACUCCCCUUUAAAUAUUUUAAAAUAUUUUUAAGUAAAUGCCCAAAUAAAUAUACAUGUAUUUAUAUAUAUUCUGUCAUCUGUGUGAUACCUCCUUCCAUAACGGUUUGAUAAAAUUUACUUAAUAAAAUAUAUUUGUGAUCAAAAUCGAUAGAUACAGACAAUUAAAAAUCAAUAAAUAUAUAACAUAUUCACACAAUGCAAAAAACAGGUAAAUAGGAAAUUAAGAUAAAUUCAUUGAAAUUAAGUCAUUAAGAUCCAAAGUGGUAUUGAUAAGACAUUUUUCUUGGUGAAAUUAAUCUUGUGUUUAAAUAUGAUUAUAAUAUAAGCCCCCCCCCCCGAAAAAAAACUGGGGAAAAAGUCUAAUGUUAAUUUAACAAUUUUUGCGCCAAAAUUUAUCAACCCAAAAGCCCAAUCUUAUAGCAAAAGUAUUGAUAUUGAUAUUUCCCACAUACUUUGUUACAAGCUACAAAAUAUAACAUUUUGGUUUUAAAAAUGUUUACAUUGUUGGUAAAACUGAAAAAUAUAGAUGACCUAAAUGCUAUUCAAAUCUCCAAAUUUCUCCAUGUUUACUUGUUAUCUUCCAAGUUCCCAGAUUAAUUUAAAUUUACUCAGCACAUCAGUCGCUCCUACAAUGUGCAGUGUUGUAGACACAUUCUAGCCUUUUAGUCCAAUGACUGCGGAGUGGUUAAGAUGUAAAUGGUGUGAGAACACAACUUCAUUACAUUACAUCGAUGCACACUUGAGCCCAGCGGUCAGGGUGGUCGAUUAUGCUAUGGGGGAUGGCUUUGUUUGUUGAAAAGGGGUGGCUCCCCCCUCCCCUCCCAUAUACACUGUACACACUGUGCAUAGAUCUUUCUAUUGUGUUAUUGACUGUACGUUUGUUUAUGUGUAACUGUGUUUUUGUUUUUGUUGCACUGCUUUGCUUUAUCUUGGCCAGGUCGCAGUUGUAAAUGAGAACUUGUUCUCAACUGGCCUACCUAGUUAAAUAAAGGUGAAAUAAAAUAAAAUAAAAAAGAAAUCCCUCUUCAAUGACACCUUUAAGUUAGUAAAUACAAAUCCUAUGUUUUUUGCUCCAUUUUAAAUGUUCUCUUCUAUAAAACCAAAAAGUAAGAAGAAUAAAUUGAAUACAACCAUUC